UCAUUAAUUAGCUAUUUAGCCUAACGUUGGCCGCAUGAAUUGCCUUGUAAUGUCUAACGUUAACUAAUGCUAGUUAACUCAUUUUCUGUAUGUUAGUUAAUGUUAACGUUGGUGGAACUAUACUUUAAAAUCACAGCCUUAAUAGCCUUUUAUCUGUGUUUAGGUAAAGUAGCGGUCUGCCUUACCCUGUAAGAGGAAUGGAUGCAACUCAGAUGAUCAGUGACUCAAUCUUGGAGUCAGAUGACGAAGAAAAUGUAGAGGAGAAUAGAGAUAAGAGGGGACGACCAUUGGCUAAACUGUGCAUCUUAAAAAAUGAACACAUCCCUGAGGGUGAGUUGCCCCUGUUUUUGGGAGAUAAUGUGCUUGGCCGUGACCCCAACACCUGCACCCUACCUUUGCUAGCACCCUCAAUAUCCAAGCAGCACGCUACCAUAUGCAUCUCUGUCUACCGGAAGAAAGGUUGUCACAGUGAAGUGGACACAGAGGCUUUGGUUUGGGACCUAGGGAGCAUGAAUGGGACCCGCAAGGGUCGCUCAAAGCUGACCCCUAAUGUACGCUAUGCCCUCAGUGAAAGUGACAGUUUGGUGAUGGCAGACAUCCCAUGUAAGUAUGUCAGCUGUGCUGUAGAUGGAGUCUCUUCUCAAGGGGGGGUGAGGACUCCUGUGAGCAGAAAUUCAGGGGUAAAUUCAGGGGUAAAUGUAAGGUUACCAGAUGCCUCAGCAGAAAAGGGGGGUUACACAAGCACAGGGAGCAAGAAAUGUGUCAAUGGUCGUUGCCUGUCCUUUGAGCAAACUCCAACCCAGCCUCAGAGAACCCUGGUUCCAGAAUCUGACUCGGACUCAGAAGGAGAAAGAGAGGGAGGAGGAGAUAGAAGGCGCAAGGCUCUAGUUUCCGAUUCUGACUCCUAUAAAUCCAGUCCCACCUGUUCAACUUUCUUGAGUCCCACAAACAAAAUUAUCCCUGAAAGUGAGGAUGAAAGCCCCAUCACACCGUCCUCCACUAAAAAUAGGCCGAAUGUAGAUGUUGGGCGACGGCAACUGAAUGAAAAAAAGGCACUUGCGAUUGUGGACGACAGUGAAAAGGAGGAGGGAAGGGAGGAAGAAAGAGCAGCCCUAAGAGGGAGAAAGUCUGAAGAAAGUGGACACCAUGUGCCAGUGGAGCAGGAAAGCAAUGUCAGUCUUACAGGAGUAGAUGAAUUGCCUGUAUCUACACCGGCAGUCGUCACACAUGUGAUUCCUGCAUUUAACAUGGACAGUGACACAGAUAUGGAGGGAGAAGAGGAAGGGGUGGCAUCUGUGGGUCCUGUGACCUCAAAUACAAACCAACAAGCUGAUCAGCCACCAAACACAGCUCACUUCCACAUGGACAGUGAUACAGAUGUCGAUGAUGAUGCCUUAGACAAAGUUCCUAAAUCAGUGCCUUUCUCUGCUGACACCACCAGACCUCCUAAUGUUGGUUCAGUUAUUCAGCCAGAGGGCAUCACUAUGGACAGUGACACUGAUGUGGAUGAGGAUGCUGUUGUGUCAGAUGCUGCUACAAAAGCAAAGCCCAUGUCAUUUCAGAGCACACACACAGCUGACUCUGCUCCUUCAAGUCAGCUGAAAGAUUUCCACCUAGACAGUGACACAGAUCUUGAUGAGGAAGAAGAAAAGGAAUGUGGAACAAAUACGACAUGCCCUAAAAUAAAUGAAACUCCGACUAGAUUAGAUAUCAAGCCAUUUGUUCCUGAACACGCCACUGCCACUCCUCACAACCUGCAUCUAAACAGUGACACAGAUGAUGAAGCUAUUCCUGCCCCUGUCAUCAGUGAACCCUCUGUGGUGUCUGAUCUCACAGAAUCAUGCACCACUGCAGACACAGGGGCUGAUUUGGGUAUUCUGUCUGACAGUGACACAGAUGUGGAAGAUAAUUCUCCUCUGGUUGUACCUGUUGUUGUCACAACCUUGUCAGUUGCUCCUCAUGCCAAGUCAGAAGCAUUUCAGUCAGAUUCUAAUGCAGACACAGAUGUGGAUGAAUCCAGUGAGCCCCCUGCCGGAGACGUGGCCAAUCUAGCUGACCUUAGAGUGGACAGUGACACAGAUGUGAAAAUGAAGAAGUUGGAUUUUGGAGAGGCAGGUGAGGGCCAGAUCCCUAGCCUGCGCAGAGAAAAUACACCUGGGUUGCUGGCUCCCCUUCUGCAGAACUGCUCUACUCCUACACCAUUGUCAGAAGGAGAAAUUGAAGGUAUGGAGACUCAGGCUUUCCUGAGUCCAUCUACAGGUCCUUACUCAAGACGUGUAGUAGCCCCUGCUGUAAGACCUAUAGGAUUGUCUUCCUGCUCAGACAGCCAGGAGGAUGAGGACUUUGUCGUGGCUGAGACGCAGUCCUUCGUUCUUCAGACCAGAGACUGUGAGGUUAACCCUCCGGGGGAUCACACCAUGGAUCCCACCCAAUCAUUUGUCAUUGAGUCUUCUGGGGAUGAAAAAGGCGAACAGUCCAGCAGAGGAGGGUCUUUACAGUUGGGAUUGUCAGACAGCAGCCACAUGCAGCGUCAGGCUCAAGCUCUAGCAAUGGAAAGCACUGAGGCUUUUCCCUUUGUGGAAGGGGCAGUGAAUCUUGAAGACACCCAAGCAUAUGCAGCUAUCUCGAAUGCAGACAGAACCUCCUGUGAGAAUGAUUCAAAUCUGGAGGCCACACAGGCCUAUGGAGAGCAUGUGGAACCUGUCAACUGUUCAGUCAUGUCUGAAAAGGAAGUUCAGGUAGAUUUGGCCCUAGAAGCAACACAGGCAUACAUUUUAGAGCCCUACAGUAAUUCAGAGGAUGAAACAGAUGAAGAUGAGAGAAUAAACACUGCUACUGCUGAGCCUCAGCCUUUAGACUUUCCCACCUCAUCUACUCUUGCCAUGGCUGAAACCCAACCAAUGUCUGCCUUUGAGGAAGAGGAAAUUUUGGAUCAAGAAAAACCUGUUUCCUCUGUAUUACAAGUUAUGCCCAAACAGAAUGACACAGAAGAGAGGGAUGAACAUGGGGAGGCAGCUCUACCUCAGGAGAGGCACCUCAAUGAAGCUCCUUCGGUAGCUGAAACUCAGCCCAUGCGUACAAGUGAUGAUGAAGUGGAUACAGGUGAGGUGGGAGAAAGUGACAAUGAGGACUCGAUUCCCGGUCCACGAAAAGGAAAAGCGAAGCCACCGCAGCUGGAAGAGGAGCAGACACAGCCACUCACUAGCUUUGAACUCUCUGCUGUUGAAACACAGCCUAUGCUCACUGGUGAAGACGGGGAAAGUGAUGAUGAGGACUCAAUUCUAGGUCCUCACAAAAGAAAAGCAAAGCCACUGCAGCUGGAAGAGGAGCAGACACAGCCCCUCACUAGUUCUCAAACUCAGCCCAUGGCUACAAGUGGAAAUGAGGAAAGUGAUGAAGAGGAUUUGAUUCCAGGUCCACGAAAAAGGAAAGCAAAAGCACUGCAACUUGAAGAAGAGGAGACACAGCCCCUCAUUAUUUCAGAAAUCUCUGCUGUUGAAAUGCAGCCCAUAGGUGAAGGUGGGGGAAACGAUAAUGAGGACGCCGUUCCACAUACAAGUAAAAGAAAAGCACUGCAAAUGCAAGAAGAGGACACACAACCGCUCACAAAUUCUGAGGCCUCCACUGUUGAAACUCAGCCUUUGGAAACAAAAGCAGGUCUGCGUCCUCAGAGGGGAAAGGGGAGACAAUUAGAAGCUGGAGCCAGUGGCAUCACUAUUAGAGGUAAAAGAGGGACACCAGCAAAAUUAAGAGAAGAGAAGGUGGAGGCGGAGUGUUCUGAACCUUCCAAGAGACAGACAAGAGGGAAGAGUAACGCUUUGGCAACUCCCAGAGGAAGCAGAGGAAAAUCAAGGCCUGAAGAGAGUGAGGAAGAGGUGGAGGUAGAGCAGGGUAAGAGAGCUAGAGGGAAAAAAUCCAUGAGGCGACAGAAAGAUGGUGAGGAAGAAAGGCUUGGAACAGAAAGAAACGAGCAUGCUGACAAUAACACUCUAAUAAAGGAACAAGAAGAAGAGCAAUUGGGAGAGGAGAAAGAUGUGACAGAGCUCAGACAACAAGAAAGAGAAAAAUUGGAGAAAGAAAAUAGGGAGAUCGAUGAAAGAGGAAGGAAACAGGAGGAGAGGAAGCACAGGAGGGAAGAGAAGGAAGAACAAGAAAGAUUGCAGACUGAACCUGCAGAAAGGUUAAGACUUGAGCGGGGGAGAGCAGAACAAGAGAGAAUAGAGAAGGAAAGAAAGGAACAAGAAGAAAAGGAAAGAGCUGACAAGGCACAAAAGCAAAAAGAAGAACAAUUGGAGAGGGAAAGAAAGGAGAAGGAAGAAAAAGAGAGAUUAGAGCAUGAAAAGGCUGAAAGAGAAGAGAGAAAGAGAUUGGAGAGAGAGGAGAAAGAGAGAAUAGAAAAGCAAAGAAAGGAGAAGGAAGAAAAAGAGAGAUUAAGGCAUGAAAAGGCAGAAAAUGAAGAGCGGGAGAGAUUGGAGAAAGAGAGAAUAGAAAAGGAAAGAUUGGAGACAGCAAAGAUGGAACUGGAAGAGAGACUUGAGAGGGAAAGGAAGGAACUAGAACACCAAGCAAGACUGGAGAAGGAAGCAAAGGAAAGGGAAGAAAGAGAAAAAUUGGAGAAAGAAAAAGAGGCCAAAGAAAAACAAAUAAAAGAGCAACAAUAUAACAAGGAAGAAGAAAACAAGCCCAAAACACCCGCAAGAAGUCGAAGAACCAGAAGAACAAUUGCUGCCCCGUGUACAUCAGAGCUGGACUCAGCUAUAUCAAACAAUGAUGAUGUCCCAGCAAGAAGAACUAGAUCUCGCUCCAACUCUUCCAACUCUGUCAGCUCUGAGAGGUCUGUUUCGAGUGUUAACACCAAGCAGAGCCGGGGGAGAGGCCGGGGGAGAGGAGCAAAGAGGUCCAGUGAGCUGCCCCAGGCAGCCAUCGCUAGAGGCAGCAAUAGGAGGAGCACGGUGGCUGUAAGGCCAUUAGAACUGGACAGCAAAGAUGUUUCUCCUCAAGAAGUCCUUUCGAGGUCUAACUCUACCAACUCCCUCAGCUCCGAGAUUUCCAGCUGCAGCCUGAGCUCUCAGAGCAGAGGAAGAGGAGGCAGGCAGCGAGGAAGAGGAAGGAAAACAGAGGCAGCCACCAUCCCUCCAAUCAAUAGUCAGUGUGAUCAGAAUUCAGCUCCCAAACCUGCAACCACGGGCAGGAAGAGCAGGAAAGCAGAGGAAUCCUCUAAUGAGGUUCUCAAUGAAAAUGAAAAGGCAGACUCUCAGCAGGCUAAUACCACAAGAGGGCAGCAGCGAGCCAAUGCAAAUGGAUCACAACCUGCAGCUGCAGGUGAGGAAGACCCCUCAAAUCAGGAGGAGGGAUGUGCCAGUGAUGAAUCAAUUCUGCCCAUAAUGAAUGUCAGGGGCAGAGACCAGAAAGCAGUAAAAAGCAAUACUGUGGAGGCACCACUGCCUACUGCAGUCAGUGAUGGAGAAGGUGAUAAAGAGAAAACUAAAGGAAGAAAAAGAGAGUUGGAUGCAAACACAGAAGAGGAUUCCAGCAGUAACUCUAAGAUUUCUAAGGGGAAGGAGAAACUCCAAAUAACAGAAGCAGCAAAAGAUGGAGCGAUAGAUGAGACUCCUCUCCAAGCUAAGAGAAGAGGUAGAGCAUCCACUGCUCAAGCAAAGAAGAAUGUAAAAGAUUCCCCCACUGCACUGGAGGGGAAAGAAGAGAGUGAGAAGAUUGAGGAGGCUGUUGAGAGGAGAGGCAGAAGUCGGCCAUCAGCGGUCCAAAAAAAAAAGAAAGGGGAGCAGAAAGAAAGUGGAACAUCUCUUGAGCAGGAUACAGAGGCAUCAGAGCACAAGACUCCAACCAGCAGUGUGUCCCGGAAGCGACAGGCUUCUGCAGACUCCUCACCUGUGGCGAAGACCCCUCGCUCCUCCUCCGCUUCCCCAGCAGCUAGUGGUCGAUUGCGAAUUGCCAGCCAAACCUACAAGGUGCUGUUCACAGGCGUGGUGGAUGAAGCAGGGGAGAGAGUGUUGGCUCGUUUGGGAGGCAGCAUGGCUAAAGGCGUGGCAGACAUGAAUUGUCUGGUGACUGACAAGGUGCGCAGGACUGUCAAGUUCCUGUGUGCGGUGGCUAAAGGAGUCCCCAUUGUCACCACACACUGGCUAGAAAAGAGUGGUAAGGCUGGGAGCUUCCUGUCUCCUAAUGCUUUCAUUGUGAAGGAUCCGGAGCAGGAGAAGAAGUUCAAUUUCUGUCUGCAGGAGUCUCUGAGGAUUGCUAGCAGUCAGCUUCUCUUACAGGGAUAUCAGAUCCAUGUUACAAAGUCAGUGAAACCAGAGCCAAUUCAAAUGAAAGACAUUAUCACCUGCAGUGGAGCGACCUUUCUUCCCAAGGUGCCCUCUUCUCACAAGCCUCACACUGUAGUGAUUUCCUGCGAGGAGGACCUGCCCCUGUGUGGCCCAGCUCUCUCUGCAUCUCUCCCAGUCGUCACUGCUGAGUUCAUUCUCACAGGGACCCUUCAGCAGAAGCUUGACUUUCAGGCCCACGCACUCUCUGCCACUACAAGCAGUCUGCCAACUGCAGGAUGCAGAGGAAGGGGCAGGAAGAAGACUUAGUAACACCAGGGUAUAUUGUAAAAAAGACUUGUCACUGUCUGUGGGGAGGUUUUCCAUCGCUCAUAGAUUCUUUUUCAAAUUAGAGACCAGGAGAAACUAGUGAGUCAGUUCUGUGUUUGUAUAAAAAGACUUGAAGAAUGUAUUUGCCACAUACAGCAAAAUUUGAUUGUUCAUUUGCAUGUUCCUAAACACAAUGCGUGUAAUUUUACUGUGCUGUCAAAUGUUAAAAACUAAUUUUACAUGUACACCAUCACGUUUUGAAAGAGAGCGAUAGAAGAAACACAAUUCAACUCUCAGAACUCUAUUCUUACAAUCUUAUCAUUUGCCUUGGACAUGUGUAGAAAACGUAGUUUUUAAAGAUUCAAAACCUUAAAGCGAUGUUACUGCUACGCAGGGUGGGAAAUAAUUACCCAUUAACCAUCCUUGUCACUUUUCCCCUCUCAUCCUCCCCUGUGCUCCACUUGUCUCUUUGCACAGCAAUAACAGGUAGAGCAGGAAUUAACGCUGCUAAAUUGCUGCUGCACUGAAUGUGUGAUAAGUGCUUCAAGUCAGACAGUUUGGCAGGUAACCAGCCAUGAAUUGGGAGUUGUGUAUAAUCAUGUUUGGGUGGUGAUAUAGUGGAACCGAUGGGGUCUGUUUUGUAAUCCAUGAGCUAGGGUGGUCAGUACAUGGGGGGGGGGGGCUUGUUUCCUGUCCCGAUAAGAAGACGUGUGUUGUGCCUUUUAUAGUGUGUCUGUUGUUCCUCUGGCUCCAUUAACCACCACCACCUACUCCAUUAAGGCUUCAUCCAAUCCUAUUACCUCCAGGGGAUGAGACGCACAUAAACGCACCUGAAUGCUGAUGCUGCUUCUACAUGAAUAUCUUAGUGUUAGUGUUUGUCCUUGCCAUAUAUUUACCGACUGUGUGUUCAUUUGAUGUGAACUUGUCAUGUUGACAAAGACCAGUAUACAGAACAGAACAUUUGAUUUCCUGACCCACUGUAAAUCUUUAAACAUGCAACAUGCAUCAGCAUUGGUGUUUUAAAGACAGACUUGUAUAGCUUAUAACUAAAUUUGAUUUUAGAACUGUUAAAUAGCUAAUAUCUUAACACCAAGUUUAUUUGUAUCAAAGCAUGAAAUCUGUCUGUAUUCCCUUUGAAAACAUUAAACAUUUUCUAUUCUGUUAUAA